AUGAAGCACCGCUACCAGACUGGACGACAAUAUCUAAAUCGUAUCGACCUGGUGGGUAUCUUGCUGUCCUGCGGCGUUUUCGUCAUCUUCAGUCUCGGCCCGUCAUGGGGGUGGUGGCCAAUAUCCAGGGAGGUCGGCGGCAACCAUCACACCGAUUGUUUUCGGCUUCGUCACCUUGGUGGCGUUGGGAUUGUGCCGGCGGACGCUCUUCCCGAUACACCUGUUCCGCGACUGCGAGGGGUUGGUGCGAAUGCUGCUAUUGUCCUUCCGGGGGAGCAUCUGCGCCUUUGCUGUUGUUUGGCCGCAGGCAGGAAAUAUGAUCGACAUCCUCUCGUGUGCAGCCGGUGUGCCCUACAACGCCGGUCACACCAUUGGUGGGUUUCUGGGCAAACGGGUCCCUGA